GAAAGACUUUGCUUUGUUUUUGUUUACGUUCUCUUUAACAAUAAUAAUAAUAAUGAUAAUUUUACAAAGCUAUCUUUUGUAGGGCAAAGACGAUCACGACAAUAGAAGACACGUAGACCUUCGAAGCUUGAAAGAAAAACACUGAUUGUUGUUAAUGGAGGUCGGCCCCAAGAUUAGUGGAGAAGCUGUUAUUGAAAAGCUCAAGGAUGACGGCGACUUCGACAAACUCCGUCUCAAAAUCAUUCGCAAGCUGAAAGACAAUGAAGAAUUGCGCAAUAAUAUUGUUGCAAUAGUGAAGCAAUCGGCAGCACUUAAUCGGGCAGGAACUGAAAAUGUGAAGCCUCGGCAAAUUUCUGAUGCGAUAUAUGAUGAGGUUGGGGAAGAAAUAAUGAGCAAGGUUUCUGAUAACUUAUGGGAGAUAAUCAGAUCAGCUGAUGGCAUGAAAAAUGAAAUCACUGAAACGGUGCAAUCUGUCUACAAUAAGUUAGCGAACCCGAAAGCGGAGGAAAAUGCCGAAGCAUCUACCCACCAUGCUGUACCAGUUUGGAAGGAAGGUGAUAAUAAUGGUUCUAUGAAGGCCUCCACCAGUCAGUUAGAACAUUCUGAGGCUGAUCCGGAAGAACCUCCCGGUUUUUCUUUUGCUGGUAAUCAUACAAACAAUGGAAAGCAGCACAUAGAGGAUCUGCAAUUUCCAAAACAUCGUGAAGGAAGACACAGCAACGAUAGUCGAAACUUAGAGGGACAUAAUCCAAACAACGUGUCCGAUGCAGAUAAUGUUGAUCUGCCGCCAGGCUUUGUUUCUAACAGGAAGCACAACCCAGAUGUUGAUGAUGAUGAAGACCCAGAUGUUCCCCCUGGCUUCGGUUGAAAAACUAGAUUUUUACUUCGGUUUUCUUCUUAUUAUGCAGUCACCAGUUUUGAGCAUAUAGCAACAAGUAUUUGAUCAAAUCUUGUGUUGCUACGUGAUGAACAAAGUCGGGAUUGAACAACUGAUCAUCUCGUCUCCCAUGGUUUGUAAUGGAUGCAGGUGAUGGUUAUAAUGUAUAAAGUCUGAGUUCCAUGUGGAUUGAAUUGUGAAACACUAUGUUGAGAAUAGAACCUAGUUCAUAUUUAAGGUAUAA